UCAGCGCAUGUGAACGAUCUCUGAACGAUGACCACUGGGAGUUGUCCAAAUGUUCAGAGUCAGACGACCUACUGUAAACAGACCGUGCAUGCAUUAUUAGAUGCUCUGUGACAUCUGUAGCAAUACUUACAUGUGAUCUAUAUCUUCGAGUAUUUCUGUAGUCUUAAAAGUCACGCAAGUUCCAACGGUAUAUUUGUGUCCAGAGUGAAAUAAUGCUGGCUAUUGUUUAGCCGCGAUUCAGAUCCUCAUCUGAUGCCAAUGAUGAAAUCUGCAGGUUUGAAAUGAAAGUUUCUGCCCAGGCAGACAACCAGUUAUACCAUCACAGAAAUGUAGAGUGACACAGCUGACCUUCAACAAUGUCUGAAGGUCAAGGUCAGGGGACAACUCAAACAACACCCGCCUCCUCUGCCACAACUGCUGCCAACCCUCCAAGUACUGCAGGCUACCCAUCUGCUGUUCAUGUUGCCACACCCAGCUCCGAGAGCUACCCAUCAGCCUCUCAUGUUGCCACACCCAGCUCUGAGAGCUACCCAUCUGCCUCCCAUGUUGCCACGUCCAGCUCUGAGAGCUUCAUGGUGUUCAACAUACAUGAGGCGACUGUCACCCUGCCUCAGACUCAAGACUUCCAUGCAGCCACAGCCCUGAAUCUCAAAACUCAGGACAAUGAUCCACCACAGCCAGCUGACUACACAUUUGGUAACCUUCAAUACAGCAUUAAACCAGCCAAAGCCAGGAAUGAUCUUUCUCUUGCUAACAAGGUCCGUCUUAUUAGAGAGUCUGAGAGCACUGGAAAAAGUCAGAGACAGUUAGCUGCAGAGUUUAGUAUAUCUCUGGGAUCGGUGAAUAACAUCCUGAGGCGGAAGCGUGAGUAUGUUGAGGCAUACGAGAACAGUGAUUGUCCUACUCCACCUGCCAAACUCCCCAGAAGGAUAUUUCCAAAGAAACCUGAUUUUGAUGUUUUGAAUGCACUUAUUGUGAAAUGGGCAGAAAUAGCCCAAAGCAAAAAUAUUCCUAUAUCCAGAUCAUUAGUGCAAGAGAAGGCCAAAGAGUUUGCAAAGAAGCUGAACAUGUACAGUUUCUCUCCUUCCCAGGUAUGGCUAGAGAACAUCCAGAAGAUCCUUAAUUUGCCUCUGCACUCAGGUACAGAGAACUCUGACCUGACAGCCAAGUUGUACACAGUGUGGAUGAAGAUGUUGCCAUACCUGGUGCAGGGUUAUGAACCAGAGAAUGUGUUUACCUGUGGCGAGACUGCUCUGUUCUACAAAGGACUGCCAGACAAGUGCUAUAUAGAGGGUGGUGUGUGUCUUGGCACUCACCAUAAUAUCAGUUUUGAGGAUCACCGCUUCACCCUCCUGUUCUGCUGUAGUGCUACUGGGGAAAAACUUCAGCCCCUUGUGAUUGGGACAAACUCUUACCCCUUCUCUUGCCAGAGUCUCAACUCCCUUCCAGUCACGUGGAGGAGUCAGCCUAAGGCUUGUAUGACAUCAUCAAUCUUCGCAGAGUGGUUACAGCGACUUGACCUAGCAAUGGAAAACCAAGGUCGUCGGAUUGCAUUGUUCAUGGACAUGGCGCCGGCUCAUCUGUCCAGUCUUGUCCUGAAGAAUGUGAGUCUCAAAUUCUAUAUGGACAACUCCUCUUCAUAUCUCCAGCCUCUGCAGCAAGGCAUCAUCACAGCCUUCAAGUCGCAUUAUCGUAAACGUUUCCUCCAGGCUAUCCUGGCCCGAGUGGAGGCCAGUGAGGAGGCAGCAAGUGCCCUGAAAAACAUCACAGAGCUGGACGCCAUCUACUGGAUCAGGUCCGCCUGGGACAAUGUGAAAACAUCUCUGAUCUGUAACUGUUUUGAUGCUGUUGGCUUCAGCACAUCUGAAGCUUUGUCUGAUGAUGGCACCAACAGCCUGUUGUCAAAUCUCCCUGAGCUGGUCGAGGGAAACUGGUCAAGCACUGAAGUUCACACCAAUGUAUGCUGAGGUGUAUUUGCAGUUUGACUCCCAAGUCCUCUGUCAUGUGUAUGAGGAAGCUGAAUGGGAGAAGCAGCUGAUUGCAGAAGCACUAGGUCGGCCCAUGAUUAAAACAGAACCAGAGGACACUUACGGGGAACUGUUCAAGCAGAAAUUCUCUGACAGCUCUGGUAUGCAUAGCCAGUUAGAUUCCAAUGUGGUUCUGCAGAAUGAAGCUUUAGACUGUUUGAGUAAGCUGAAGUCGUUUGCUGUUAAUGACACUCACUUGCUGACUAAAUUGUAUUCACUUGAAGAAACCAUGCUGGAGUCCAUCAGCGCCAAGAGACGGCGUGCAAAGUAUCGGAGCAUCAACAUUCUUCAUAUGCAGUGACUUUAUUGCACAGUAUAUGAUGUCUUUAUACGGGCAUACUUAACCCAGGGGAUCAUGGGUGUGACUCCUUUUACUUUUCAGCUGCCAGUAUCAUCUACUCACGUGUUGAAACAUCAUGGUUGGUGUGAUGUUUGUGCCAGACAUUCAAGCUUUCAAUACAGUCAGCUCCUCUCCUGCAUUCUGUUUCCAGCCUUGAUUGCAGUAGCUUUCCAUGCCAUGCUUGGCCAAACUCACUGGUUCAAUCCAGUAAGGUCACAAAACGUUGAUAACCAUUAUACAGAACAAUCAUGGAAAGAAAUAAUGAAAGUAGUCCAGAUUAUACCUCUAAAUAUCUGUAAGGAUAUUAGGAGUUGUAGUAUCUUCAAUGUUGUAAUUUAUUUUUUAGAAAAUACAUCUAAACCUAUUUUUAUUGAUAUAUUUAUUAAAAUGUGUAAUUCCCUACUCUUCUUGAUCGGCCAGUAUAAUGUUUUCCUUCCAUACCGCGGACCCAUGUGCAAAUACAGUCUUGUUGGCAAGUCACCAUCUUGUCCCUCAGUAAUCUCCCAGGAAAUUGCUCACCAAUGAAUACAGAAAGAUUGGUCAGCUGUUGUUAAGCUUCUUGUGGGACUAUUGUAUUAAAUUCAUCCAGUGAUGUAUUUUAAUAUCGAUGCUCAUGCUGUUGAUCACUGGAUUGUCUGGACCAGACUGGAUUAUUUACAGACUGCUGCCAUAUAGCUGGAAUAUUGCUGUGUGUGGCGUUAAACAACCACCAAACCAAACCUCUUCAUCUGCAUGGGUUGACAGUGCCAUCUUCAUCAAGACAUUAUGUAAUCGCAGUGCUUGUGAAAGUGCCAACAGUGUUUAUCAUGCUUUUUUGUUUUGUUGUUUUAGCUUGAGGAUUGAUGUGAAGCUUAUUUCAGUACUUAUUUCAAGGCCCCCACAAUGUGAAAAUGACUGCUGUAUGGGCAGAUUUACUGUACUUUAAGAUUGAGUCAGCUGAAAAACAUUGUACCCCAAUAGUUCAAAUUUGUGCAAUAAUAGAAAGACUUAAAUAGAAAGAUAAAAACACUCUCAGGUCACUCACAUUGGAGUAUCUGAAUCAGAGUGAGUGAAUGUUGUAAUAAGCUAGUCAGCUCUGUCAUCACUACCACAUGGCAACAGGUAGUCUGAUGGUUUACUGCAAGAUAUGGAUCUAAACCGUAAAUCUUUUUGAUAGUGUUGUGAAUUUGUUUUGGAUGAGACACAAGAUUGGACUAACAUAUUAAUCAAACUGAGUGAUCCAUUGUGAUGAACAGUAUCAUAAAGUGUCUCAUUUAGGGCGAUUUCUGGUAAACUUGUAAAUAGGAUAUUAGUGACAUUAUGCUGCUUUGUCACACAAUCCAAGAGCUGUCUCAUGAUGUGUACAUAGUGAUAUAUGUCUUGAGAUACAAGCCAAAACUGUAUAUUCCAAUAUUAUUACAACAUUCUGCUAUUAAGUGGUAUCCAUUCCCAAAA